CAGUUAUAGUCAUCUAGUAGCCAAAAAGUCCGAAAUUAGACGACUGGCUGAAAGAAUAACUAAAAGUAAUUGUUUCUAUAUAACAUUUUUGAAUUCAAUCAACUUAGCCAGUUUUAGUUAUUUGCAGCUGCAUGUAACUGAAUGAAUGUCAGUAACUUUAUUUGCACACAGGUAUCAGCAAAUUUCACAAUAGCGGUUGCUGGAUAUCAAUCACGAUAAUAAUAAAAAUAUACGCAUUUGGAGCUGUUUAAAAAUAUUCAUACUUUUUGGUCGUAAAUUUUGUUUACGGCUUUCUAUAGAAAAGCAAUUGAGAUUGAGCGAAAUAAAUAUGCAAGAAAACACAAUAAGAAAAGAAAGUUGAACUGAAAACGAAUUGUUAGUGUUGCAAACGCACUGCAAGCGAUCCAUGUAAAAAUGUUAAUGAGAUAAAACUCGGCUGCGAUAUCACACGUUUUGUAUGAGUACUGAUACCAGAACAACAAAAUUGCUACGAAAGACUGGUUGGUAAGUGAGAUAAAAACUUUUAAAGAUUGGCAAAAACACAGUCAAAAUCAUUCAUUCGAAACAGUAGACGUCAAGUCUGAUAUAAACGUGUGUAUAAUCCGGUUUUAUUUGUUGUGUUUUUUACACGAUGAAAAUGUAAGUGUUCGAUUGGACGCAUACUUGAGAAGGCGGCCAAAGUAAAGAGUGAAUAAAAAAAUUUGCUGUUUAAAUAAAUGCAUUACCUAGUAAAAAUUCGCGUGGAAUAUGCUAAUUGCCUUGACCUUUGUUACACCCAAAAAACAGUUGAGUAAAAUAGUGUGUGGCAUUAAUACAGUGAGUGAAUAUCCAUUGGAAAAAAAAUGAAAUUUUGCAUGAUUUUUAUCGUAAUCAGUCAAACCAUAUGAACACUCAUACAAUCGGCUCUAUUUUUAAAUUUAUUGAGCGAAGUUCUGUCAACAAGAGUGUCGUGUAAUGAACAAGAAACGGUGCCACUCUCGAAGAAAGUGAAAAAAAAUACGAAAUUAAAUUGAAGACAGAAAAAACAGUCUCGUUCCAAUUUUUGUGUGAUUUUUCUGUGAACGAAUAAUCGUUGGAAAUAAAAUUUCGUCCAACUGGGGAUCCAUCCUGAAUUUGCUGAAUGAAUACCUUGCAGAUUUUGAGACCCGAACAAUAGCGGUUUUAGAAAAUAUAAACGAGUUGCUGUCACAGUCGGGAGAGAAAAUUGAUGACAGGAUAAAGGGCUAUUUGGUAAAGAGCGUAAACAGUCGCUUAGAACGAACGUUGGAGUUUUUCAACAUUCAAAGUGGUUCUCAAGUUUGCAAGAAUGCGAAAAGUGCCUCAAAAGAUGAUUCACAUCGUAAAGCCACAGAAAAAAGCGAUCACCUGGAAUCGGAUGCAUCAAAUGAAGAGGCACAGAUUUGCGAAAAUGAAAUUGAAGUUGUAUCUAUUUCGAGCGACGAUGAAACCACGAAAAAAGUAGAAACAGUUUCAUCCAGCUAUUCUGCGCCAAGUAAAUCAGAAGCACAAGCUGAAGCUGAAAUUGAAGCAACAGAGCCCAUGGUCUAUCAAAGAAACAUCCAUCGUCCAUCGUUGGAUUCAAAUUUUUCGGAUCAACGAUCGACAUGUUCACCAAGUACAUCGAAUCUACCAAUGUUGGGACCGACGCUGUCCCCAAUUGAUACGCCUGAUUCAACUCCAAGUAGCACUCCUGAUAUAAAUGCGAGGGAUAUCAAACAAGAACCAGACGACAGUACGUGUGAGGCAAUGACUUUGAAUCCAACUGAAGCCAACGAGUGUGUUGUUAAGAUGGAAGAUAUGCCAAUGGACCCAAUGCGAAUGAACAGAAAUAAUAAAUUGCCAUCAACUAACAUCGAUCGUUUCGUGCCACCAAUUGAGCCUCAGCCACUGAAGAGGAAACACUCGAUCAAUGAUUCGACAGAGGCAGGAAAGCGACAAAAAACCACCGAAGAACUACGGUUUGUCGAACCGCGUCUAAUGUUCGCCGAUAACAGUUAUUUGUUUGGUUGCUUUCAUUGCUUAAGUCGAAAUAAUUUAUUCUUCGAAAAGUUCAUCGAAGUCUAUGAUCAUUGGGAAUGUGAACAUGGAGCGUUACCCUUUCGAUUUAUGGCAUUUGGGAAGGCCGCUUGUUUUUAUUGCGGUGAAGUUGACACAUUUCCACGUCUACUCGAUCACCACAAGCGCCAACAUCAUUCAGAAGUAUUCAUUGUGGUCGAUAGACAAGAUAACACAAAGUGUGGACUUUGCCACAACAUUUUCUCGGCUUCAGAAAUGGUGCUACAUUUCAAAUCACAGCAUGAUCCAUUGAGUUAUACCGACAUCAACAGCCCCAUUUGUUUCUCUCAGAGCGAAAUCGAACAGUUUCUGAGCCUAAAUUCAUUCAAAGAAACCGAUAUAUCACAGCAAAUUGAGGCCUUCAUUUGCGGAUAUUGCAAUAAAAAAGAAAAGAGUGCCAUCUCGUUUAUGCAGCAUUUUGAACAAGAUCCGUUUCAAUUCAUGUGCUCAGCUUGCUCAUUUUGGGGGAACAGCAUCCACGAAGUGAUACAACACGAGGUUUCCAAACAUAAAUUCCCUAUAGACACAUCGAAAUAUUCAAAGAUUCUGAUGAGCCGAUUGGAAAGGCGUUUUUUCAGAACGAAAAUUAUAUUCACCAAUGGCCUCGUUUUGCACAAACAUAAUACGUUGAAUACCACAUUUGAUGAUCGCAAAGAGAUAUGGCCAAUAAUAACACGGAUGAAAAAUCAGAAACUGGAAGAAUACACAAGAGAUAUUGAUCGGUCUAAAUCUCUGGUAUCGCAAAAUGUGCUCCGUGAAGAAGAGUUAGCAAAACAACGAUCCUAUUGCAGCAAUCUACGCAUCAAAGGUCUCGGAAUGGCUACAGAUGCCGAUUUACCGAAUUUAUUUCUAGGUAUUUGUAGAACAAUUGGCAUGUCAAAUGUCUCAAUGAAGGAUGUCGACGCCAUUUUUCGACGUUCAAGUGCGGUUGUUGUGCAAAUGUUUGAACGGAACCAAAAAAAUAAAAUCAUAUCCGCUUGGCGUGAAACUCCCAAAGAUGUUAAAUCAAAACUUUUGAAAUCCGUUAUUCAAGAACCCGGUACAAUUUUCAUCGAAUCUGAAUUGACACCGUUUUUUGUGAAACUAUGGACUCAUGCCAAAGCAGCCAGAGAUAAAUGUCAAAUUCACUCGUUUCUUAUAACUGAUGAUGGGCUUAGAGUCAAAGGGUUAUCAUCUAAUCGUUAUAAGACAGCCAUCAUCUGGUCGAAAGACGACCUUGCGGAGUAUAUUCAAGGAAGGUUUUAACUCUAAAGGGAUUUAAAAUAAUACACAUUGUGCAUGAUUACGGAUUUUUAAAACUAAUUUUAGCCAGAAUUUGUCUAACAUGUUUUGUGUGAAAUAACUGUUAUAAUAACUUUAUUAUUAUGAUUUAAAUAAACACUGUAACAACAGUUGUUAGCCGCAAUUGAACAAAAAUAAUCAACAUUUUUAACCAGAGAAUUGAAUAAAAAAUAAAGAAAAAUAUUUCCCAGUAAACA